AGCCGCGCCGCCGGGCUUUGCUCCAACCUCCGCAGAGCAUGGCCCGGGGUCCGCUGGCCGCCGGCGGACUCCGGCUGCUGCUGCCGCUCCUUCCGCUGCCGCAGGUGGCGCUGGGCUUCGCGGACGGCAGCUGCGACCCCUCGGACCAGUGCCCGCCCCAGGCCCGCUGGAGCAGCCUGUGGCACGUGGGGCUCAUCCUGCUGGCGGUCCUCCUGCUUCUGCUGUGUGGUGUCACAGCUGGUUGUGUCCGGUUCUGCUGCCUCCGGAAGCAGGCACAGGCCCAGCCACAUCUGCCACCAGCACGGCAGCCCUGCGACGUGGCAGUCAUCCCUAUGGACAGCGACAGCCCUGUACACAGCACUGUGACCUCCUACAGCUCCGUGCAGUACCCACUGGGCAUGCGGUUGCCCCUGCCCUUUGGGGAGCUGGACCUGGACUCCAUGGCUCCUCCUGCCUACAGCCUGUACACCCCGGAGCCUCCACCCUCCUACGAUGAAGCUGUCAAGAUGGCCAAGCCCAGAGAGGAAGGACCAGCACUCUCCCAGAAACCCAGUCCUCUCCUUGGGGCCUCGGGCCUAGAGACCACUCCAGUGCCCCAGGAGUCAGGCCCCAAUACUCAACUACCACCUUGUAGCCCUGGUGCCCCUUGAAGGAGGCAGGAGAACGGACCAGAGCUUGGAGAACGAACGCUUGGAGCCAAGGGCCCCAGCCCACCCCACCAUCCCACACAUUGCUGUGGCCCCAGCCUCGGUGCCAUGUUACACCGGCCCCAUGGCGUCACCCCCUAGGCAGGCUGCUGCUUUCAGCCUCAGCCCCUGGCCCAGCCCCAGCAGGCCCUCAGCCUGGAAGAGGCCUAAGCCUCGGGUGGGAGCUCAGGGCCACCUGUGACGUCUGCAUCUUCUUGGAGAGAGAAUAAAGUUUGUAUUUAAGUGG